CGAUCGCUCCUGUGCCCGCCCCCCGCGCCCGCAGAUUGGCCGGGCGGGCCCGAGCGAGGGAAAGCUGUGCCUGCGGGCCGGGCGCGUGAGGCGUUGGGUGGAGGGGCCGCCGCUGCCCGGGGAAGGGGAGGGGACGUGGAGUUUGCUGCAGUGUGUCCGCCGUCCCGGGCAGCGCUGUGUGGUGUACUGCUCCCGACGGGACAACGGGCAGUCAUGCCGUGGCCUCGUCUCCCUGGGGAUAGCGCUGUUGCAGAUAUGCAUGAAGAAAAUAAAACUGCAGCAAACGGAUGUGGCAAAAUCCGAAGUGGUGCUCAGAAUGGGGCUGCUUUACUUGCCCUGAUGGAGAAGACUGGAUACAGCAUGGUUCAACAAAAUGGGCAAAGAAAAUUUGGUGGUCCUCCACCAGGUUGGGAAGGUCCUCCACCACCUCGUGGAUGUGAAGUUUUUGUGGGUAAGAUUCCUCGUGAUAUGUACGAAGAUGAAUUAGUUCCUGUUUUUGAGAGAGCUGGGAAGAUCUAUGAGCUCAGACUGAUGAUGGAAUUCAGUGGUGAGAAUCGAGGCUAUGCUUUUGUGAUGUACACCACUAAAGAGGAAGCCCAGCUAGCCAUCAAGAUUCUUAAUAAUUAUGAAAUUCGUCCAGGGAAGUUUAUUGGUGUCUGCGUAAGCUUGGACAACUGCAGGCUAUUUAUUGGAGCAAUUCCUAAAGAUAAGAAGAAAGAAGAAAUACUGAAUGAAAUGAAGAAAGUUACAGAAGGAGUGGUGGAUGUCAUUGUUUAUCCAAAUGCCACUGACAAAACUAAAAAUCGUGGCUUUGCUUUUGUAGAAUAUGAAUCUCACAGAGCAGCUGCCAUGGCUAGAAGACGACUAAUCCCAGGAACGUUCCAGCCCUGGGGUCAUACUAUUCAAGUAGACUGGGCAGAUCCUGAGAAAGUAGUUGAUGAAGAAACUAUGCAGAGAGUUAAAGUAUUGUAUGUAAGAAAUUUAAUGAUAUCUACUACAGAGGACAAAAUUAAAGCUGAAUUCAACAAGUUCAAGCCAGGAGUAGUUGAACGUGUAAAGAAGUUGAGAGACUAUGCUUUUGUUCAUUUUUUCCACCGAGAAGAUGCAGUUGCUGCUAUGUCUGUAAUGAAUGGAAAGUGCAUUGAUGGAGCCAGUAUUGAGGUAACACUGGCAAAGCCAGUUAACAAAGAAAGUUCUUGGAAGCAACACUUUAAUGGUCAGAUAAGUCCCAGUUCUGAAAAUCUCUUAGGGUUUCCCAACAAAGAAGAUGGUACUCAAAAAUCCUUGGGGAAACCAGCAAGUCUUUCAGUUCGUCUUAAUGGCCAGCACAGUCCAAGCUCCCCUGAAGUUGAAAGAAGUACAUACCCUUUUUUUCCAGGAAUAAAGCUUACUCCAAUUAGCAUGUAUUCUUUGAAGCUGAAUCACUUCAGUUCUGCAGUGAUGCAUCUGGAUUAUUUUUGUCAUAAAAAUAGCUGGGCACCGCCAGAGUACUGCUUGUAUUCAACAACAAGUCAGGAUGGGAAAAUACUCUUGGUGUACAGGGUGCUUAUUUCUAGUAUUGCAGAUGAUUCCCAGAGUUAUUUCAUGCCAGAAAAACUCUGUACAACGGUAGAAGAUGCAAAGGAAUUGGCAGCACAGUUCACACUUUUACAUCUAGCCCCCGAGCAAGCAUAUAUAACUUUGCUGUCCCUGAAUGCAGCAUGGUGGGAUAGUAAAGCCAACUGUACACCCUACUUGGCUUGAAUUUCCCUGAAGAAGAAAAGUUUGGAAUUUAUUGCUUUGGAUCUUGUCAUGAAAGAAAAAAGAAUACCACGCGGAUAUAUAAUUACCGGAAAUUCACGUUCCAUGUUUAACGAUGAAUAAUUCUUCGAAGUGCAUGUGUGUAUUAAACAUUUCAAUAUGAAGAUUAGUGAAAUUGAAUGUUAAAUUGUUUUGGUUAGUUUGAUUAAAUUUGGGUUUUAAAAGAUAA